UCAUCACGUUGAUGUUACAAGCACCAGUUAUGCUUUCCCAUCGCCGUCGUCUGUUGGUCUGGUUCAAGCACGGUUACCGAUACUGAAAAGGUCUAUUUGCCCAUUUGCCCAACCCCUCUCAUCCCGUCUGCCAUUCGUCCACUCUUGUACUCGGACCACCUCUUUCGCCGCCGUAGAGGAAGGAAUAAGGAGAAGAAUACCCCCCCAAUUUUCUUCUGCCUCUUUUUCGAGAAGUUUGCUGUACUUUGGCCAAAUCCCGCGUCUACAACAUGUCCACGCCGUCAACGACAUGAGAAUUCCGCCGGUAGAAGUCAUUCUCAGUUGGCCACUACCGCGUUACGACAACCCCGAAACCAGAGGCCCGGCUAGCGAGAUCGUCGCCAUCAUCCUCCUGGCAAUCGCCACGAUCAUUCUCGCCAUCCGGAUAUACACGCGGCGAUGCAUCACAAACGGGUUCGGCUGGGAUGACAUCCUCGUCGUCUUGGCCUUCAUCCCAGCCACGGGCUUCGUGGUCCUCGGCGUCAUCGCCACUAACAACUACGGUUGGGGACGGCAUGUAUGGGACGUGCCCACUGAUAUUCUUACUGGAUCCCUUCAGAUAGGUCUCGCCAGCCAGAUCUUGUUCGACCUUGCGACCAGUUUCACCAAGCUCUCGAUGCUUGCUCUGAUGCAUCGAUUCGCCUACGCCGCUUCAAACAAGCUGAGGAUACUGGUCAUGGUGCUCCAGGUCUUCAUUUCUGUAAAUUGCAUCGUCUUCAUGCUGGUAGUCAUGCUACAGUGCCGGCCUCUUAGGUUAUACUGGACGCUCUCCGUAGGACCACAGAACUGCAUCAACGAGGCCGCUCACCUCCUCGUCGCAAGCAUCAUCAACACUGCCACCGACUUCGCGGUGGUCCUACUUCCACUUACUCUUGUGCGCGUCGUCUACGCCGACAAGCUUACCCCGAGACAGAUGACCAUUGUCAAUAUCUUGUUUGGUGCCGGCUUCCUCGCAUCGUUCGCCGGCGCGGCCCGGACGUACUUUACCUGGAUCAUGACGACGGAGCCAGACGCGACCUGGAAUGCCUGGAUCAACUGGCUAAUGUCCUGUGUUGAGCUGUUUCUCGGCAUCAUAUGUACCAGCAUACCCUCGACCAAACCGUUUUUCAACAAAUACGUUCCCAAGUUGCUGGGCACAGUCUCGCGCAAGUCGCAUGCUGCCAGUGCCCCCGUACCCACGAAUAAGACUGCAAACGGCUUGGCAAUUACCAGUCAGGUCUCGAACGGUUCUGAUGCGAAGGAGCUUGAAGCCCUUUCGACAGAAUCAAAAUCACCAGCAGAAAAACGGUUCGGCGAGGCAGCACUCAACAAGCCAUUGCCAGCCGUGCUGAAGAACCAAUCGGUCUACACCAUCAAUAUUCAACUCGACGAAGCCAGCUUGGGUCCGGCAGAUAGGAGGCGUGCCGCCAGCGGUCGAACGAGAGAACAAACAGACUUGGUCCGGCGCCAGGCAGUGAGCAACUUCAGUCGCCCUAGGAUCCAGCACGUGAGGAACAAUUCGGAGCCCUCCAGCCAGCACCGCCCGAGCAUUUACAGCCCAAUAGAAUACAGUCGCGAUAGCCACAUCACCACCGCCACCACUACCACAGCAGGCGAAAGCACCCGUCACAGUCGAAUUCUAGAUGACAUUGAGAGCAUAUACCGCCAAAGCAUCGACGACCUUGAGGCCGAGGUCCGUUACAGCGCCUACGACUACUACAGAUACUCGGCGGUGCCUGCGCCUCUGGGAAGACAUGCCAAAUCCGGAUCGAUCGGUACGUUUGGGGGGUAAUUUGAACGAAAAGAAAGGCUUGUCGCGCUGUACAACAUGUAUGUACUUGCGGGAAGGGCCCAUCAAACAGUGUUUGGGGGUCGUCUCUCGCUUGGCAGGUGUUUAUUUGGGAAGGAUUCCUACAGUACACCAAGACGUGGCGGCGCAGCGUGGUGGUUCUCUGCUUGUCCCUUCCUCUUAUGGCCAUAUUUAUACUUUUUAUAUAAGCUUCUCGGGAGCCAAGCCUGAACUCUGGC